AAUUUUAGUGAACCGGUAAAAUACGGUUGCCUCAUAGAAAUCCCGGGAAAUAGAGAACAAAACUGAAUUGAAAUAGAAAAUAGAAAGCGGAACAGUAAAUUCUCUUGUUUUUUUUUCUCCUCUAUCGAGCGACAACUGUGACCGAUCUGUUGAGGAAAAAUGUCUUCUCUUGCAGCUGCCAGGGAAGAUAACUUCUAUUAUCCACCUGAAUGGGAACCAAAGAAGGGUGGUUUGAACAAAUUUCACGGUCAACAUGCUUUGAGGGAGAGAGCAAGGAAGCUAGAUCAGGGCAUUCUAAUUAUAAGAUUCGAGAUGCCUUACAAUAUAUGGUGUGGCGGAUGCAAUUCCAUGAUUGCCAAGGGUGUGAGGUUCAAUGCGGAGAAAAAGCAAGUGGGAAAUUAUUAUUCCACAAAGAUAUGGAGUUUCACAAUGAAGUCGGCAUGUUGUCAGCAUGUAAUAGUCAUACAGACAGACCCAAAAAAUUGCCAGUAUGUGAUUAUCAGUGGAGCACAGCAGAAGACAGAGGAUUUUGAUGUCGAAGAUGCCGAAACAUUUGCCUUUCCAGCAGAUGAAGACAGAGCCAAGCUGUCAGAUCCCUUCUACCGUCUUGAACAUCAGGAAGAAGAUAUACGGAAAAAGAAAGAAGCUGAGCCAGUGCUAGUUCGCCUCCAAAAAGUUUCUGACAGUAGGCAUUCUGAUGACUACAAUCUUAACAGAGCCCUCCGUGCUCGCCUAAGGGGUCAGAAGAAGAAAGUUGCUCAAGAAGAAGAGGUUUCAAGAAAGAUGGGCCUUGGGAUCCGGCUUCUCCCUUCAUCUCAAGAGGAUGCAGCAAGUGCUGCUGGUGUGAGAUUCUCCUCCAAGUUUGAGAGGAACAGGAAAGACAAGCGAACUGCGAUCAAGGCAUCUUCAAUCUUUGGAGAAUCAUCAAGCUCUGCAUCUGGAAGUAGGCUACUGCAGCUCGGGGCAAAGAGGAGGAAGAUAAGUGCCGGUGCUGCGUCAGCUUUAUUAGCAGGGAGGAUUAAGGCUUCAUCAUGGACUCACAAUCAGAAUGGUGUAUCUGGACAUGAGAGAAGAUCUAUAGUUACAAGACAGAGAUGAUAUCUUGAUCAUAUUAUGUGCUCGUGUGGAAGGAGUUUGCUUUUUCGUUAUUUUGGUUUAUGUAUGUAAAAAUCUCAUAUUGAUUUUCACUUUCUAUAGUUUGUGUUUGGUUCAUAUUUCAAUUACAGUCCACAAUGGUAAGUAUUAUGAUCUGUAAAUGCUUUCACCGG